GAGCCUGGAGGACACAGGCUGCAGGUGGCUCAGGUGCCUAAGGAGUUUGGGGAAAAGAAGGCAGCCAUCCCAGAACUGACUCUGGAGCCCUUAACACUCUAAGCACCCAGGAAUCCACGCAGCCGGGAACUAUUUGAUUCACCGGUCCGAAAAACACAGCCAGCAGGUCCAUGGCUGGCAGGCCUGUGCCCCCCGGACGCCAGGAGGAGGAGGCCAAAGACCAUGGGCUGAAACUAUCAGCAGUGCGGCCUCUAGGCCACCUGCCCAGCAUCGAUGAAACCCGAUCAGCUGGCCUGGGCCCGGCCUCCCGCCGUGGCUCCGUGCUAGGUCCGGUCUUGUCCUUUUCACGCCGCAACUCGCUGGCAGGGCCAAGUGCAGGCCCUGGGGGUCGACGCCCAUCCCUGGGCCCCGUGCCCCCUCUAGGCUCACGGGUCAGCUUUUCUGGCUUGCCCCUGGCGCCCACCCGCCGGAUGGCGCCCUCGUACCGCACGGAGCCGGCGCCAGGGGAGCGCUGGGAGGCCGCGCGUGCACAGCAGGCCCUGGAGGCUGCGUUGGCCGCGGGACUGCGGGACGCAUGCUACUCGGGCGCAGAGGCCGGGCGGCUGGCGCAGGAGCUGUGCGAGCUGGUGCGCAUGCGCCUGCGCGAGCUCAGCCCGCCGCGCUACAAGCUGGUGUGCAGCGUGGUGCUGGGGCAGCGCGCCGGCCAGGGCGUCCGCGUGGUCAGCCGCGCGCUCUGGGACGCGGCGCGCGACGGGUUGGCCUCGGCUGCCGUCACCAACGCCUCGCUCUUCGCCGUGGCCACGGUCCACGGACUCUACUGCGAGUGA